UUUUUUUUUUACAUGUUCUCCUCUUGAGUGAUGCAACCUGUUGUUUGCCUGUCUAAUGUGUAACACCGGCAGCCAUUUGUCGCGUCGCUGACAUUUAAAGUUAAUCGUUAACUCGACGGUGCUCGGCGUGCUAACGAUGACAGCACGCGCACGAGCCUGUAGCCCAUCAUGGCCGAUGACUUUGAAAGUGGGAGCUCUGGGGCCUCUCAGACAUACCCCAUGCAGUGCUCUGCACUGAGGAAGAAUGGCUUUGUCAUGCUGAAAGGACGCCCCUGUAAAAUCGUCGAAAUGACUACCUCCAAGACCGGCAAGCACGGGCACGCCAAGGUCCACCUUGUUGGAAUUGACAUCUUUACCUCUAAGAAGUUAGAAGAUAUCUGCCCAUCUACCCACAACAUGGAUGUCCCAAACGUAUCAAGGAAAGACUACCAGAUGAUUGAUAUCAAUGACAGUUACUUGACCCUGUUGGAUGACGGUGGAGAAACCAGAGAGGACCUUAAAUUGCCCGAAGGUGAAUUGGGCCAAGACAUCGAGAAGAGGCAUGGUAAUGGCGAUAGUUUUCUGGUCACGGUGCUGAACGCAAUAGGCGAAGAGUGUGUAGUUGGCAUUAAAAACUUGAAUUAAAAAAAUAAGUCCAGGACAGUGCUGGAGACAUCGCACGUCUACGCUCCAUGAUGCCUUUGAAACUUCACCGAAGCUACUCGCCUGCAUCCCCACACCUCAAUCAGUUUCUCCACUGGUCAGCUGAAAUCCAGAAACUGGACUGGGUCAGCGCGUUCAGCCAUACCUUUUGGCUCCGGCCUGACUGGGAGUCGCUUCAAUUACUUUGCAAAGGGUACUGAUAUUAUUCCAACAAUUCCAACCAGCAGUUCAUAAGUCUUUUUUUGAAAUUUGGGUGAUGUGUUUUUAUUCUGUUUAAUUCUUUUGAAAUCAUUCCUACUGUAUUUUUUUUCCUGAAUUAAAUUUGGAGCUCUUGAUUUGACUGUGACCAUGUGUUCAAAGGCUUGUUAACCCCUGGUGUGCUGCACCUUGGUGUCAACUCAAAUUCUCCUCAAAAAAGUUUAUUUCAUUUUAUUUUUUGCUCCACUGGCUGAGAUGAUGGGUCAGGGGAGCUUCACCUGUGCGUGGUUAACAAUUGAGAUGGGCUAGACUGAGAGAUGACUUAUGCAGCUUUGAAUUCAUGUGAGCAGCAACAUUUUAUUUACUCCGAAUUUUAAGCUUUUGUUGCAGAAAGACUUCUACUUGCUUGUGAGCAGGUCUCAGUAAGGGCAGCCUUUUUAAACUCUGCUGUCUCAGCCGAACAGGCCUGGACAGGCGUGGCUGGGUGGGGCGGGGCCCAUUUUCUUUUUUUUCUGUUGUAUGAAACUACUUUUCCUUUCACUUGGGGCUUUUUUUAGUUGACAGAUGUAUACAAAAUUUUGAAAGAACAAAACACUGAAAACCUUAUUAUUGCAUUGGAAAAUUGUCUUGUUUGUGGGACUUGGAAUAUAAUUAUGUUUUCAUCAGUGUAUAAUCACCUGAAAAUGAUUUUUAUUUUUUUUUAUUUUUCUUACCUUAGGAUGAGCCUUCUGUAUCUACAGGGUCCUAUUCUGCAUAGUCUGCCAUGUUUCUACAGCAGCGCAGAAGGUACAGACCACUGUCUUUGUUUUUAGUAAUUACCCUAAGAGGGGACGAGAUGAGAGGUGUUGAAGCUGGUUGCAAUCUGCAUCCACACUGCUAGAUGCCACUACAUCCUGCAUUCCAGACCCUUUUAAACCAGUUUUGUGUGAAAGAUGACAGUUAUCAUUUGGAAACAAGAAACCAUUUUAAGUCUUUUAAGCCAAAUCUUGGUGGUGGUUCUGCUGUGGGUCAUCCAAGUCUUGUAGUGUCGGGAGACCUUUGCCCAAGAACUGAGUAGAUAAUUGUUAUAUUUUGAAUUGCCAUAGCUGUAAGAGAGAAAAAAAAAAAGGAAAAUGUAAUGCAUCCACAUGUGCAGCAUUAACAUGGUUGCUGUAGAAUCUGCAUUCACAUGCGGGUAGUCAGAAUUAAAAUAUUCAAACUGUUAAGUGACUGAUCUUUCUUUUCUGUUUUUGAUCUGAGCAUGUAGAUUGAUGGUGAAGUGGUAAAAUAACCCGCCGUUCAACCGUGGACAUGACUUCAGUGUGUUUGGUGCACUACUAUGAGUUCUGUGAGCUCUGUCCACUUUCUGCACUGUUGUCAUAGCGAUACUGUGAUUUCAAGUUUUGUCAUUGACCCUUUUUGCAUUUGUAAAAACCCUGUUAGAAACUCAGUUAAGUGCAAUAGGUCAAUAAAUCUGAUUUCUCUAGCAGUGACCCCUCAGCCCUUUUACAACCGGUACGGAAAAGUGUUUACGUGAAGUUUAUGAUAUCAUAUUAAUGCCAGGUUGAAACACAGUGAAUGUAAUAUUGACAUAGGAUGGUAUUCUUUGUCAGUCCCCCUUAAGUAUGUUUUAAGGAGCUUUGGCAUUACAACAGUGACUUCCGACUCUUGUCAGAGUCAUCUAGAUGUUCACAUGUGGUACACAUCAACCAAAGGUGAAAGCAACAUGUACUGGAGUUAUGGUACAUUUCAUAUUGACUAUUUAUUUCUCAAAGCAGGAGGAAAAGCGUUUGACCAGCAAAUGAACAUUCCAACAGCAGCAGGACAGUAGAAACCUGCAGGCUGUUGGGAUGACUGACGUUCUGUGGAGGGGGGAGGAACAAAAAAAACAGGGAUGCAUGCAAGAUCACUUAAAGUCCCUGCUUGCCUUCAUGAAAGCAUAAAUCUCCCAGCUUGAGCCUGCAGCAACCUGAUUUUAUCAUUCUUGGGGAGUAAUGAGCCUGAAGCUGAGCGUGUAAAACGUAACCUUUCAUAUGCAAAUUUCUGAAAAUGCUGUGUUUGGGCAGAAAACAAAGAUUUAUUCGAAGGUAAACUAGUUUGACUGGUGAGCCACACAGACGACGGCAUUGUGCUCUGACCUUUAUUUUCGGUUGCAAACAUGCCAUUCUGGAUGAUAAAUGAGAUUAUUUGAAUUGUUUUUUAUGUUGUUCUGAUGUUAGAGGAUGUUACAUUUCCCAUUUGUCUUCUCUGGUGCCUGUCAUCAAAGACAUUAUCUGCAUCACAUCAGCUUAAUUUCUCUGUUUUUAACUCAACUUUUAACUUAUUUUUGUUGUUGCAAGAAACAGGGUUAUUUUUGUUCAGACCAAAGGUACAGAUAAUUUUUAUUCAGACAAGGAAAAGGUGAAUUACUUGGUCUUGGAUUUUUUUUUCUCUUUUUUUUUAUAUGAUGGGCAAGGGGUUUCACAGUAUUUCCCCAGCUGAUCUCUUUCUCUGUGGUAAUGUCUGAUCUAUACAGGUGUUUUGGGCUUCUUCUGUAUUUUAACUUUUUAUAUGGCUGCUGUCUUAAAAAAAAACAACUGUUUGUAUUUUACUAGGAAAAAUAAAGUUAAUUCAGAUGUUGAUGGA